AACAAAGAAAUCCUGUAAACAUACAGGUCAGCAAGUCGCUUCAAAUAAUUGUUCAUUUUAGCUUAGCACAUAUGUCAUGUAGUAUGAGCCUACAUGACACAGAAAGGAAGAAAGAAGAAGAAAGCAGUUUAACCAACGGAUUUUGUUCCCAUGAAUACAAUGUUUGACCUAAAGUGCGAAAGCUCUUCAGGUGAAGAGGAAGAGACUGAGGGAGGAGAGUCCAGUUUAACAGCACAGAUAGCCAGAUGUGCGAAUGUAUCAUCAGCGGAUUUAGACGAACUGGAGCACAACCGGAACGAAUCUAGUACUGUAAAGCAAACUGUAUGGGCUGUGAACUGUUUUAAAGCCUGGUUACGCGAAAAGCAGCUGACGAUCGACUUUAAAACCGUGGAGAAGUCGGAGCUAAACCCGGUGCUUCGCGAGUUUUAUGGCUCUAUUCGGACGAGCAAAGGAGAGUUGUACGGCAUCAGCAGCUACGUCGGGCUUCGAGCUGGAUUGAAUCGGUUCAUCAAUGAACCUCCGCUCAACCGGGUGUGGAAUCUGAUGCAGGACACAGAGUUUAGGGCCGCCAAUAAUGUGUUCAAAGGCGUCGUUAAGCAGAUCCGACGCUCCGGUAGAAAUAUAACAGCACAUUACCCCCCGAUUUCACCUGAGGACCAGCACCUACUGAAGCACUCCCCUGCACUGGACCCUGGCAACCCGAAAGGCUUGCUAAAUAAGGUCUGGUACGAUAUCCAGUUACAUUUCGGACUCAGGGGUAAGGAGGGCAACCGACACCUGCAGCCAGACGCGUUUGCUCUGAACCGAGACCAAAACGGAUUCAAAUACUUCACGAUGACAUUACACGAGGACACGAAAAACAUGCCGGAAAAGGACAAGAAAACCCGCAGGGCUAUGUAUGAAGAGCCCGGCAAUCCGCUGUGCCCAGUCGCAUCUCUGGAGAAAUAUCUGAGCAAAAUCCCCGCCGACGCAAAAGCGCUGUAUCUGCAGCCCAAAAGGACAUAUGUGAUCGCCGAUGAGAUGUGGUAUACGCCACUUCCAAUGGGAGUCAAUUAUCUGUCCCAAAUGCUGCCCAAAAUAUGCAAAGAGGCCGGCACGAGAACGAUAUACACUAACCACAGUCUGAGGCUCACUGCGAUUCAAAGACUGACUGAAUCGAGGGAGAUCAUGGCGGUGUGUGUGAGUGUUCCAGUUGAGAUUAACACUCAGUGGCAGCAGCCGGAGUCCACUCCAUACUCCCCCAGCAGUGAACUGGACUCCAGCUCUGCCAGACAGGAGAGUCCCGUGAGCAGCCACAGUUGGGUGAAACAAGAACCAGAGCCAGAAGCCAUCCAGUGGGAAAAUAAGAACUCUGAUGCUGCCACUGAUGCUGAGAAGGACAAAAAUCUGAACACAUCGAUACCUUCGAUGGAGGGUUUACCCAGCAGUGUUAUGCUGACCAUCACCAAACUUCAGUGUCUGCUGGAGAGCAAACAGGAGAGGAUUGAAGCUCUGGAGAGACAGGUGCAGGACCUGCAGGAGGAUCGCAGGUUCCUUCGCUCACAAAUCGAGAACCUCACUGGCGCUCGCUUGGUUUCAGUGCCUGAAGCGAGCACAUCAGUGUUCUCUCAGUCCAGGUCAAGGAAAAGGCGGCGUAAGAGCUCGUCCAGCUCAUAUAUCGAAGAUGAGAGCAUCACUGAUGAAUCUUCAUCUGAAGAGUCCAGCAGCGUCAGAAAAAAAAGACGCCAUAAGAAGAAAGGAAAGAGAGGGUGUGUUCCUCAUUGUGACUAGGUCUUGAUCAGCCUUUAUCAAGAAGAAGAGCAUGAAUAGUACUUUCUGCCCAAGUGUGUCAUUAAAGUUCACAGGGCCCGGGACAGUUUUUUACGAGCGAGCGUCCAUAUGCCCAGGAGUAGAGUAGCCUAUACCAUAAAGGACCUAAUCUGGGCCCUCUAUAAUGGCCUGGAACAGCGCUCCUGGUUGAACCCUCCCUGACAACAUCCCCAACAUGGCCCUCCUCAUCGCGGAACUGCACCAGGUUGCUAACAAAUCUGUUCGUCUGGUGGGUCUGAUCAGGCCGUGCGAAGGAAAAAUAAGUCCGCUACGCCCAGCAGUGUGUCCUCUCUCCACAGCAGAGCAGUUCAGUUUGUAAUUGAACAACCCAGAAAACAUUAAUUAACAUAUCUGAACCUUGCUCAGGUGGGCUUUUGAUUUAUGAGUACAUAUGAGUGUGGUUAUCUUGUUGCUUUAAAAAGGCAAGUUGCUACUUACGAUUUGUCAAAUGUAAAUUUACAUUCUUAUACUUGUGUAAACAGUGAUUCUGAAAAUGAAAUGAAUGAAACUGCUACUCUGAAAACCAUCAGUAAAACCCUGACACAGUCUUCCGGGUUGACCUACCAGUUGAUAUCACUACUGAACACCUCUUUUUCUUUCUUUGUUUGCUGAUGAAGCCCUUGUAUAAAGGAUGGAGCGGAUGAGAGCUUCUGGAGAAGCUGGCCUAGCACUGCAAUAAAAACAAGAGCAUUCUCCAUGAUUGAACUAUAGAGGUCGCUCUAAUACCAUUGUUGAGUGAAAAUGGUGCUGGAAGGAAAUACAGUAGUUUUAUUACCGUGUACUGUGUGUACGUCUCUCUGGAGUUUUAAGUGGUUUGUGUAAUAAAUGCACAAGAUCACUUUUUUCUUUUUCAAUUUUAAGUUACACAUAUUGUGUGCAGUAGCUGGAACAGACCAUCCAGUCCACUCAUGAAGCACAGAUUGGGCUUGUAUGUUUGAGAUGAUUUUUGUAUGUGUUUGUUUACAGAAAUCUCUACCAAGGUUAUGUUCUCACACAAUGUCACCGUGUUCCUUUAUGUCAGGGUUCUUCAUAUCUGGUAUCCUCAAGUUCCACUGUCCUAUAGCAGUGUUUCUCAAC